AUGCGCUUGACUUACUUCACAUUGUGCAUCCUUUUGGCGCAUCUUACUUGUGCAGCGAACGCAGCCUUGCCUCCUAUCAAGGAUCCAGCUUCCUACGUCGACACCCUCAUCGGCACUCUGAAUGGCGGCAAUGUCUUCUCGGGCCCAUCUACCCCCUUCGGUAGCAUCAAACCCGGUCCUGAUUCGGAUGCGCCCAGCAACCAGGCUGGCUUUGUAUCCGAUGGCUACUCGCAAAUAUUCGGUAUCAGUGCGCUUCACGACGAUGGCACCGGGGGUAGGGCUUCCCUCGGCAUGUCUUCGCUGCUUCCGCAGUACUGCCAACUCAACACCGAAGAGCACUUGUCGGGCUGCAAAUGGACAAGAAGUGCUCGAAGAACUAACAUCACUCAUUCUUCCGUCAAGAGCGCACCUGGAGAGUUCUACUUUUCACUGUUUUCUGGCAUCGACGUCAGCAUGGCUGCCGCAGAUCAUGCUGUCAUCUACAACUUUGACUUUUCCGACGCCAUCAAUCGAUUCUCAUGGUCAUCUCCGUCCCACUCAGUCGAGCAGAGAUCAGCAUCAAUCUCCACCAAAAGGGCGAAUAACUUGCAACCGGUCAUCGUAUUUGACUAUAUGACCGAUCUUCAAGGUAGCGGCCGUGCGCCCAACAAUACACUUAACACGGCGUCCUUUGUCCUUCCAGCUACACCGUAUUCAGCUGCCACCGAAGUGACCCGUAUUGAGACCAGCGCCACUUUUUCGCCUUCUUUCGGCGUCGGCAACUUCACCGUCUAUACCUGUCUCGACGUGCCCCUGGUCCAGUCUCUGGGAACGUAUCAGAUGGAAACCUCGUCGCCGGAAGUAGAGGAUCUUACCGAUAUCUACGGCGAAGCAGGUGUCAUUCUUACCGUUGACCAAGAUCGGCUUGGUUCGGCAGCCUAUAAUGGCAUACUCCCUGUUCGUAUGGGCAUAAGCUGGACGUCGACACGUGCUGCUUGCAAGUACGCCGCUUCCGAGGUUUCCGAUUUCCCCUCCACCACCUCACUCACAUCCACCGUUGCACGAACUCGUUCUAGAUGGAACAGCCUACUCAGCGAUUCUCUGACCAUCUCUCAUCAAGGCAUCAACGAAGACGAUCUCACGCUCUUCUACUCCUCCCUCUAUCGCACUUUUCUAUCGCCGAACAACGUCACAGGUGACAAUCCACGCUUCGAGACAAGUAAACCUUGUUACGACUCACUCUACUGCAUCUGGGAUAGCGCACGCACCGUGCACCCACUGUGGACGCUGCUCGCACCUCGAGUACAAGCAGAAGUAUUGGAAGCGAUAGUAGAAAUCCAGAAGCAUGAAGGGUGGCUACCCGAUUGUCGAAUGUCGACCAACCCAGGCUUUACGCAAGGUGGAAGCAACGCAGAGAUGAUGCUGAGCGAUUCGUUUGUCAAAGGCAUUCUGAGCACCGACAAAGCGUUUUGGGAGGACGCGCUGACGGCGAUGCUCACUGAUGCUCAACUCGAACCUCCAUCGUGGGGGUUGGUGGGAAGAGGUGGUCUCGCCGCCAGGGCUAAGCUGGGCUAUGUUCCACGAGGCGAUUCGGGUUCCCCGAAAGUACCCAACUCUACACCCGGACGCACAGCCUCGCGCACAAUUGAGUACGCAUAUAACGAUUUCAGCAUCGCCCUCGUCUCGGCGGGCUUGAAACGUCGACGACUUUACGACACCUACUCUCGCCUCAGCAAGGACACAUUCAACCUUUGGAACUCUUCCAUCGUCUCGGACGGCUUCACCGGAUUCCUACAGGCGCGGAAUGAAGACGGCUCGUGGGCGUAUCAGGAUCCACGUCGUUGUUCGCCUGCACUCGAACCGAUGGGCUGCUUUCUCGAUCGAGGUGAAGGGCACGAUUUUUACGAAGCCAGCAGUUGGCAGUAUUCCUUCUUUGCCCCACACGACAUGGCCACCGUCGUAAAACUGAUGGGUGGGCAUCGACGUUUUUUAGAACGAUACGAUCAUAUGUGGCACUCGCGUUAUGCGGACAUCGGCGAUGAACCCGGCUUUCUUGCUGCGUUUUCAGCCAACUUUGCUCGCGGCGGCUACUCGCAUACUGUCGACAAUGUCGUCUCACUGAUCCGAUCCAAGUUCAACACCACCAGAUCAGGGCUGGCAGGCAACGACGAUGUAGGAGCUAUGGGGAGUUUUGUCGUCUGGACCCACCUCGGGUUCUUUCCGGUCGCAGGUACCGGUGUGUACCUGCUCAGCACGCCUCUUCUCAGCGCGUACGAAAUCAAGAACCAGUUGACGGGUAACACCUUUCGCUUGACAACCAAGGGUUUCGACGGAGCGAGCAAGAACAGGUACAUCACACGAGCACGCCUAGACGGCAAGGAAUAUACCAAAGCUUGGCUCUGCCAUAGUGUGUUUCGGGAGGGAUCAGAGUUGGAGUUGACACUUGGAGAUAAGCCCAGUAACGAGUUCGCAACGAGCGAGCAAGAUCUACCGCCGAGCCUGUCGACGGGUGGCUUUGCGUACGAUUCGCAGACCUUGGGUUGUUGA